CUUUCACUCACAAAGCCUCCAGCGCUUCACAGCAGCUUCACAUAUCCACUCAGCUGGAGUUUCUGGACAUCUCUGCGACCAGAUAAACGCUGAGCAGAUCAGUUCCAGCCAGUUCAAAGGAUUUUGUCCAUGGAGGCCACCAUAGAGCAGUCACGCUGGGUGUCCCAGCCACUGAUGCCCUCUGAGCUGGCGGUCAGUUACCCAUCUGAUGUUGCCUAUUUGUCCCACACUGAGGAGGAUUCAACCUUCGCCAGCAUGGAGACGGAGUACAGUCUGCCCUCCCUCUUCUCAAACCCCAUCCACAGCCGCAGCACCGCAGCAUACAGACAUAGCCCAGUCCGGCAAGUGUACUCCUCUUCUUUUCUGAGUGGUCUGCCAUGGCUGGACAGUUCUGCUGGUCACUCUCUCUCUGCUGCCCCGUACCCCUCACCCCCAGGCUCCUGGCAUAGCAGUGCCUUUACAAAGACACCUGUGCAUCCCCACAGCUCCUCCACCUCCCCACCUUACCACACGGCCGUUAAAGUGCCCCGUCCUGAGCUGCACUCACCCAGCCUGGACUGCAAGGAGAACCUGCGACUGCAGGACGUGGUGAAGGGUGAGAGGGUCAGUCCUGUAGGAGGCGCCCUGGGGCUUGGGGGCACUUACACCCUGAACCACCCUACUACUGGGAUGUACGCACACACUCACACUCCACCACAGUCACAUGCACAUUCCCUGGGUCACUACAGUUCCUAUGGAAACCUGGGUCAGGAUUUUAGUGGCACUACCCUUUACUCACCUUCAUCCUUUUCACCGAAACUACGUGGCAAGAUGAGGCUUUCUCCCACAGAAACGCGAGAAUGUGUUAACUGCGGGGCCACUGCGACCCCACUGUGGAGAAGGGAUGGUACUGGCCACUACCUGUGCAAUGCCUGCGGACUGUACCACAAAAUGAAUGGACAGAAUAGGCCCCUCAUUCGGCCCAAGAAGAGACUGGUGGUCAGUAAGCGGGCAGGCACUCAGUGUGCUAACUGCCAGACCAGUACCACCACACUUUGGAGACGCAAUGCUAACGGGGAGCCUGUGUGUAACGCCUGUGGCCUUUACUUCAAGCUACACAACGUGAACCGACCUCUCACUAUGAAGAAAGAAGGGAUUCAGACACGGAACCGUAAGGUGUCCAGCAAGAGCAGAAAGGGCAGGAAGGGAGCCGGAGCGGAGCUUGACCUGUUCUCUGAGUCUGCUAAAGUCCCCGGGUCUGAGCAGCCCAUAGACUCCUUCAUGCUGGGGGCUGGGGCCCUGGGGCCUUACAGCCACACCCCUCACACCAUGGGCCCCUCCCAGGCCCUCCAUACCCCUGCACACCUGUCCUACCCAUACCACCCGGCUGCUACCAUCCUCUCCAGCAUGGGCUGAUGACUUCAUGACUUUGGAUGGAAAAAUGGACUUGUUAGGGAAAUAAGCCCACCAGGCAGUGAUUUACAGUCAAGACACUGUGGAGGACAAUUCAGUCCUUUAACUGUGAAAGAAUUCAGGUUUUUCUGUCCAGUUUUUUUUUAGUAUAAUUUCUAUAAGUAUCAGUGUGGGUAAAUGUGAAGGAUGUUUUUUUUUACAUUUAUUAAUAUCUAUUCUUGUUAGAAACACUUUUGUUUUAUAGACUUCAUAACACAUUCACUGUUCGGGUUUAUUUUAGUUGCCUUUGUAUUGACAAACACUUAAAAUGUGAAAAAUGUAUGUGUCCAGUGUUGGGAUGCUAUGUUUUUUCAGUCUUCCUCUCUCUCUGUAACGUCAGUAACAAAGAUGCUGUGACAUUUUAAAAUUCAAAACAGUUUAACCAGCCAUGCAUUUAGCACAAGACAGUCAUUUCAAUAAAAUGGCAUUUCUGAGCAUGA